UCGGCGCGCGGGUGACGCAGUGCGCCGUUGCUGCGGCCGGGAAAGGGAGGCCGCGGGGAGUGGGGCGGCGGCAGCAGUAGUCAUGGAGGCCGCAGCCAAAGGGGGCUUCGUCCUUGGCAACCUGGUCGAGGUGGUCGAGCGCGUCCUCGGUUUCUUGCCUACCAAAGCUUUGCUGCGUGCUGCCUGUGUGUGCCGGCUGUGGAGGGAGUGCGCUCGGCGGAUCUUGCGAGCGCGGCAGCGGAUCGCCUGGGUGUCGGCGCUGGAGCCGGGUCCCGCCGAGAGCCAUGCACUGGUGCGCGCGCUGGCCCGCGAGCUGGAGAAGGUGCGUGUCCUGCCGCAGACCGUGCUUUACAUAGCUGAUACAGAAACUUUCAGUGGGCACGAGGAGUGUCACGAGCAGAAGAAAGCCAGGAAAAGAAACAGCAAAGAAACAGCAAUUGCACUCGAAAAAUUGUUGCCAAAGCGAUGUCAGGUUCUUGGAUUGGUCACCCCGGGGGUUGUAGUUACCCCUAUGGGUUCAAGCAGCAAUCAACCUCAAGAAAUUGAAGAGGGUGAAGCUGGGUUUGCUCUGUUAUUUCCCAAAAUCGAUGGGGUGAAAAUUCAUACUUUCCAUUUCUCUAAAGACUCGAAGAACAGGGUCUUCGACGAAAGCAAAUUUGCUGAAGCAGGUCUGAAGAAUAACCCAGAUCUUCGAGUGGUUCUUCUGUUCGGCUACAACUCCUGGAAGUCUGGAGCGACUCGAUUUCUCCACCAAAUAGUCAAUCCUUUGAAUGAGAAAAGUAUCAUCCUGGCUGGGGGACAAGUGGAGAGUUUUACAUCACUGACCUCUGAGAACAGCAGCGCCCAGCCUGGCGAUGCCUGCGGUGUGGUUGGGCUGGCUUUUAGCGGCCCCCAGAUUCAGAGUGCCACUGUUCUGUUGGACCAGGAUGUUGCUGACGAGAGGACAGCAGAAGCCGCCAUGCAGCGUCUCAAAGCAGCAAACAUCCCUGAGCACAACACCAUUGGCUUCAUGUUCGCCUGUGUUGGCAGAGGAUACCGCCAUUAUAAAACCAAAAGGAAUAUGGAAGCAGAUGCAUUUAGAAAGUUUUUUCCAAAUGUUCCUCUCUUUGGCUUUUUUGGACAUGGGGAAAUAGGAUGCGACCGAAUAGUUACCGGGAAUUUCGUAUUAAGAGAAUGUAAUGACAUCAAGGAUGACCUGCUUCAUGGUUAUACUACAGUUAUGACUCUUAUUCAUCUUGGUUCAACUAAAGUGAACCAAGCGUAAAUAUGUUUUUAAUGCUAUAGCAAGCUGUUUCUUUCAUUCCAGAAAGCUGAGAAGUCUGGAAGAGUGGACACGUUGCAGUUAAAGCCCCUUCCAAAAUGUAAACAUCAUUUUGGUGAUAUUACUGAACCUUGUAGUUGGAACAGAGUUUAACACCAUAGCAGUGUCUUCUGUGUAAACUCCUCUGUGUGUCAGAAUUGCAGGUAAAUGAUACUUGACAGAAUUCUGCAAUUGAAGAAAGUCUUUCUUUUAAUUGGAGAGUGGUUUGCACAGGCAGCGGUUGGGAGUCCAAGUAUCAACAUGUAGAAGGAAAUGGUACUUUGAUGUGUUCUAUUUAUGUAUGUUAAACAGUCUAGAAAAACUGCUUCAUAAAAUCCGUCGUUGCCUGGAUUUUAUUUCAAGAGAGAUACACAGCCUGCCAGACCUGAGUCCUAUUUACAGAACUGAAUUGUUUUACUAGCUAAAAUGAAUGAAAGUCAUUAGAGGAAAAUAUCAAAGUGCUUAUUAAAUAAAGAUGAAAAUAUGUUGAAGUACCUUGCCUUCUCCUUAGAGAAAAAGCUCCAAUUUAAAGAGAUGUCCAAUUACAAGCUCAACUUGUCUUGCCAUCUUUAACUGAAUCUCAGUUGUCUUAAAUACCUAGUUUAGAAUAAUACAUGAAAUUUUGUGUGGAGGAGCGGUUUCAGUCUUGGUAGAUGUAAAUUUACACAGUCGAAAUGCACUGGCUGCUUUUUCUUUUAGAUUCUCCUGAAGCACAGUGCUCUCUGUUACAAACCUGUGAAUACCGAAUGCUAAAAACCAACACUGCCUGGUAGCAUUAAGUUCCUUUAAGAUGCCUUUUUUCUCUAUCAUUCCAAAUGGGCCACACAAGACAUGUCUGUGUUCUAUUUAUGUAGAGCUGUUAAACACGACUUGUGCUUUUGAGUGUUUUCCUGUGCUUUUACAUCAGCCACCUGUUUGGAUAGCUGCAGCUGGAACACAGUGUACCAAAGUUCAAGUAAGUAAAUUCAGGUUAGUCUCAGUAUAGCUAAUAAUAUAUUUUUACCCUUUUAAAUUAAUUUUUCCCUUCUAUUUUCACUUGUACAAGAAAAUAAGAUCAAUUUUGCACCAUUUCACCACGGUUCUAAAUGUUACAUCAGUCAGCUGGUCUGUGUUCAGUAUA